AUGGCGUCCUCGGCCGGGGGAAGGAGCAGCAGAGAAGGAACGGCCAAAGCCGUGGUGGCCGAUCAGAUUUCUCAGGCUGCCCAACUCGUCAAGCUUCCCAAAAACCUUUUGGCAAAGGCCUCUACAAUCAAGAAUACAGAGCAAGUUUUAGGCCACAUGCCUGGGGUAAUUUCAACUCUUGAUGCUCAUAUGGAAAGUGGACUACGAAGUUACUUGCAAACAUGGAAAGCUGUCAGCUUAGUCCUCUCUCUCAAGCUCAUCCUCCCCAGAAGGUAUAGUGGCUCUAAGUCUCUGGCUGCAUUUGUGCAUUCUGAUAUAAGUGGCAUAGUGAGGUACGCUCUGCCAUGCUUCCAAGUUUCAGGUUGA